AUGGAUACCGACGACGACGUAUACUUCACUGCGGAAUCACUCGUUGACGCCAUCAUUUCGUUGCCAGAGACCGGUUACACUGAUGCUCUCAACAACUUGUUGGAAAGCGUCCUUAGGUCUGAGCAUCGUCUACGGCGCGCGCUCGCAUCCUUUGAAGAACCCCAGGAGAUCGACUCGCGAUUGCUCGAUCCUUAUGCGGGCCUCAUAGAUAUUUUUGCUGUCCCUGAAAUUGUCAGGAAAGCACGCCCUCGACCAUGGAACGAGGCCCUCUUUGAGGUGGCGAUUGACGGCUUUGUCAAAGAGCAGUUUGCCCAUAAGCACUUGUUCAGACUCCCCAGGGAUCUUCAGCGGUCUCCUGGCGUUCUCUAUACAGUACCGUCUUAUGAUCACUUCCUACGCCAGUGGAACGUUUUUACUAACAACGCUAUCUCUACCAUUUCUGAUUGGUCAAACAUCUUGGUGGCUGGAGGCGCCGUUCUGGCCUCUCUUCAACCCAUUCCGGUCACAGAACACUAUGGUCAUCAAGAGUUUUUACCGCCUACCCGCAGAGUAAUAUCUCAGUAUUUCGAAACUGCGUAUAAAGAGGCCGAUGUGGAUAUUUUCCUGUACGGCAUGAACGCAGAACAGGACAAUCUCGCGAGACAGUGUGUUUUCAUAAGGCGCGCUAAUACCAUUACCAUCUGGACGUCCGGCGAUACUCGCCAAAUUCAGAUUAUUCUCCGUCUGUAUCGUUCACCUGCCGAAAUCCUCGCUGGGUUUGAUAUCGAUGCAGCGUGCUGUGCAUUUGACGGGAGCCAUGUAAUCUUAUCUGCACGGGCCCUCGUUGCGUUGAUGACCCAGAAAAACACCGUAGACAUGUCAAGGAGGUCCCCGAGCUACGAGGUUAGGCUGCAAAAAUAUGCAACCCGAGGUUUUGAGGUGUAUCUACCCUCCCUUGACAGGGAGAAGAUAAAUUACGCUAAGGUUUAUAAUAAAACCCAUGUCGUUUUUGGGAAGGGCCUCGAGCGCCUCUUAGUAUACGAGUAUCUUCGUUAUGAUCCAUUGUUCUUCCCCUACCUUCGGACGCAGAGGCGUGGAAGACGUAGGCGCCGUGCCGCGUGGUUCCGCCUCAACCUUUCCGAAUUUGACUUCGUUCCUAUGGGGGAGGACAGCAAUUAUGACCGUGUUUGGGGUCGAUUGCCUAGUCAUUGGGAUGUGGAUCAAGUCAAAGCGCACAUUUUGAGGAUGGAACGAGCCAUGAACUCUUCUUGGAAGCUUCGCAAAUAUCGCCGCACAGCUCAUCGCCACUUUAGUGCAUUUAGCGACGACGUUCUUGACUUAUUUGACAGAUGCUGUAUGCUUGAGGAGACUGGAGGCUGCCCGGAACCAGUUACUGAGCGCGACAUACAGCUGGUAGAAGAAGAAAUUAAGUCACUUGCUCAGCGCUUAGCGUUUCCUACAUCGAGUAGCUUCAUCACGGAGAAUCCUGGACAACAACUCCUUACGGGAAGCUUCCGUCCCGUUACUGUUGAUGAUUGGGAGGAGGGUGCCUACGUUUCCGACGGCCAGAAUCCAAGUGUUGACGAGCGCGAGACAGACUACUCCUUUCGAUGGAUGAGGUAUUUGAAAAACCUGGUGCAGUUCUAA